AUGGUCGACAAAUCGGCCUUGACGGUGGGCUGCCACGCCAAAAUCGAAGGCGUCGGCACCUCCUAUGGAUAUGUGCCGCAUCUGUCAGCGGGAAUUGUCUUCUGCGCUCUUUUUGGUCUGUCGAUGAUUGCGCAUACCGUUCAAUUCUGCUGGAAGCGACAAUGGUGGUGUGUAGUUUUUAGCUUGGGAUGCAUGGUGGAAUUGAUCGGAUGGGCUGGUCGAACCUGGUCGCAUGAGUGUCCGUAUAACGGUACUGCCUUUUUGAUGCAGAUUUCUACUCUUAUUAUUGGUAAGACGAAUCAUUUCCUGAUGUAUACAAACCUCCGCUCAUUCUCCCUAGCCCCAACCUUCUUCACUGCCGGAAUUUACGUUCUCCUCGGCCGAUUCAUCCAAAUCCUGGGCCGCGAAUCCUCCAUCCUGACGCCCAAACUGUACCUCUGGAUAUUCUGCACCUGCGACAUCGUCUCACUAGUGGUUCAGGCGGUCGGUGGUGGUCUCGCGUCAAUUGCGGUGAACCAGGUCAACGGUGACACUGCACCCGGUACACACAUCAUGGUUGCUGGUAUCGUGUUCCAGUUAUUCUCCAUCACCAUCUUUGUCUUCUGCGCUGCAGACUUCAUUCGCCGCUCCCUGCGUCACGGUCUUCUCCAGCCUUUGACUGGCUCCCUCCAACCGCUACUGUAUGCUAUGGUUUUCUCCGUGCUGUGUAUCUACGUUCGGAGUAUCUACCGUACGAUCGAGCUGUUGCAGGGUUGGAGUGGGUAUCUGAUUACUCACGAGAAGUAUUUCAUUGCGAUGGAUGGUGCCAUGAUGGUCGCUGCGGUUGUGGUUUUCAACUUUGUGCAUCCUGGUUGGUUAUUGCCGAAGGAUGGUGGUUUCAAACGAGCGGUUUCUACAGAUGAGAUAGAGAUGACCCGCGCUUCGGAGAAGUUCUAG